ACUUUGCCAAAAAUAGCCAAAGCUGCUGCUUUUUCACUCCAUAUUGACGAAGUCUUCUUUUAUGUCAAAAUUUCAAGGUCAAGACGUGUUCUGCGGAUAAAGUGCUCCAUACUCCAUAUAAUUAAUCUUACCUCCAGUAAUCAGAAGUCACUGAGACCUAUUGGGAAUGGAUGUUACUGUUAUCUCUUUCCUUUCUUUCUUCUCUCUCUUUCACUCUGUUGUUUCUUAUUCCCCAGAACAAAUACAAGACUUCUACAAAUUCUGCCCUCCAAUUGACUGUGGAAAGCUUGGCCAACUCAGGCUUCCCUUCACCAAUAAAACACUCCUUGAAGGCUGCGGUCCCUUUGUACUGGAUGGUUGCAGCGAAAAAGUUCAAAAGAUCAAACUAGAGAGGGGAAAAGGAAAAUGGUAUGAAGUUGAAAGUAUCUCACAGUCUAAUACCAUUUCUAUAACCGACACAGAGUUACAACGGCAGAUUGAUAACAGACAGUGUCAGUCCUUCAACAAUUUGAGUGUUCCUAUUUUAACAUAUGCCCCUUUUCGAAUUAGGCCUAAUCUAACCCUCUUCAAAUGCAACCAUCCUGCCAAUUUUACUCAUUUUGAUUUUAGUUAUACAGAGUGCAAGAACUUCACCAUCUACUAUAAUUACAUGAACAGAAGUGCUCUGCCAAGUCCUCCACCUAAUUGUUCAAUUCUUCAGCUACCCUUCAAUGUAAAUCAAAAUUAUGAUGACAUUUUUCAUCUGUUGACUGCCAAUUUCUCUCUAGAAGUGUUCUUUUGGCUAGAAUGUUACUGGUGUCAACUAUACGGAGGUAAAUGCCUAGGCAACAGCAAAAAAAAGUUCCAAUGCCUUGAUGCAAAAGGAAAUUUAAUAAGGAAAACCAAGCGAAGAAAACACAGAGGGUUAGUAUGGAAGCUAAUACUAGUUGUCGGAGGCCUUGCUGCUGUGGCAGUUAUGCUGUCCAUAAUUUUCAUUCAGCGCCAUCGCCGUAGAAAGCACAUUUCCUCUAUCAUCCUUUCAACAAUUUCUUCUUCCAAUCCCUCCUCAAGCUCAGGUCUGGAAGCAGACAGUGUCUACUUUGAGGUCCCUAUUUUCUCCUUUGUUGAGCUUGAAGAAGCUACUGGUAACUUUCACCCUGAAAAGGAGCUAGGAAAUGGAGGUUUUGGAGCGGUAUACUAUGGUAUACUACGAGAUGGGGGGGAAGUUGCAGUGAAGCGACUGUAUGAGCAUGACUAUAGAAGGGUUCAGCAGUUCAUGAAUGAAAUAGAAAUCCUGACACGCCUACGCCACAAAAAUCUUGUGUCCCUUUAUGGGUGCACUUCACGCCGCAGCCGUGAGCUUCUCCUUGUCUACGAAUACAUUCCCAAAGGUACAAUUGCUGAUCAUCUCCAUGGCAAUCAAGCCAACUCUAGCCCACUAACUUGGGCCAUUCGCUUGAGGAUUGCUACAGAAACAGCUAGUGCUCUAGCUUACCUCCAUGCUUCUGAUAUCAUUCAUCGCGAUGUGAAAACUAAUAACAUUCUCCUCGACAGCAAUUACAUUGUCAAAGUUGCAGAUUUCGGGCUUUCGAGGUUGUUCCCUAGUGAUGCCACUCACAUUUCAACCGCUCCACAAGGGACUCCUGGCUACCUUGACCCAGAAUAUUACCAAUGUUAUCAGCUAACUAACAAGAGUGAUGUCUAUAGCUUUGGUGUGGUUCUAAUUGAACUUGUAUCAUCGAUGCCUGCUGUUGAUAUGAGUAGGCAUCGGCAUGAGAUUAAUUUGGCCAAUUUAGCGAUGAACAAGAUUCGAAAACGCGAGUUUGAUGAGCUGAUCGACCCACGUCUUGGACAUCAUUUAGAUAAGGAAGUUAACAGAAUGAUAACUUCAGUUGCAGAGUUGGCUUUUCAAUGCUUGCAACAGGAUAAGGAAAUGAGACCUUCUAUGGAGGAAGUAUUACAACAACUACAGACAAUUGAAACUGGGGGAUACGAGUUGGAGAAUCCAACAGAGGGACUUCAUGAUAACAAAGUUUUAAAGAGCAUGAAGCUGCAACCUCCACAACCAGAUUGUGAUGAGAUUGCAUUGCUAAAGAAUAUCAGGCCACCACCCUCACCUAAUUCAGUUAAUCAUAAAUGGGUUAGUAGCGGCUGUUCUUCAUCUAACUUCAGUUGUUAAAGUGUCUUUUUUUUAGUAUCCUGAUUUUCAAGAUAAUUGAUGUGAAUAUAUAUAAUAUUUCAUUAGGUCCUCAUUUGCUUGUUUCUCUUCUGUUCAUAGAUAUAUACAAAACUUAUAGCAAAA